AAAAGCUUUGAGCAUCCAGAGCUCAUUGACUGGGACGGCCCUCUAUCAUCCAGUUCCUAUUAUCCUCAGUCACACAAAGACGUACCUUCGACAUCGCCCUUCAAGUCGACCAGUAGCACGAAUCAUACCCUUUCAUCGGUGUAUCCUUCUAGUACAUCAUUACAAGACGCUAAUGAUUCUGGAGAAGAUUCGGAUUGCUAUAUUAUUGAUGUUUCAUCUUCUAUACACGAUUUACCCGACGAAAACCGUCGUUCUACGCGUGCUUCAAUAAAGCCCGCGUCAUCUAUUGAAACGCCUUCACCCGCACAUAUGCCUCAUCUCUUUCAGCCGUCUAAUCUCGAUACACUGUUUCCAUUAAUCCAGCAUACUAGUACUCACGACACCUCGGCUGCCGAUGAAGUUUUGCCACCAGAAUCAUAUCUUCUUUCCUCACAGCACAGCACCCGGAGCAUGCCAACUUCAUCCCAUGCCGCGGAGUCCAACUUAUUCGACAUGUCUAUACCCCCUCUCUUAGCUCAUAACUAUGUAAUUGAGUUGACUGAUGAUGAAGAUGAUGGUAUCAAGAUUGUCAGUGACCCUGACAAUGAAGAUGAGGAGAUGGUCGUAGAUGACAUGCUUACUGAACCUUUUUCCGUGCCUGAUUCGUCUUCAGAUCGUGGUGCCCAUUCUCCAAGAUCGCCCUCACCCGAAAUGGGCGACUCUCUAUUCACACCUCCACCUUCCCGUAAACCUCGCAGACGCGUUGUCCUCGACUGUGUAUCUGUGCCACCAUUUCGAAAAGACACGACCAGGGCCAGUUGCAAGGCGAACGCGACGAUUAGCAAGGCUCAGCAGGGUGUACAGCACUCACCAGUUAGCCACGCCCUACCCUCUGCAUUCGCUCAAAAUGACCGGCCGCCAUCACCCUCUCUCAGUCGCAAGGGAAAGGAGCGUGAACGUGAACGCCCACCUCCAGCUCCUGCACGUCGGAAAAGGAAGUACAAGCCUCAUCUUCGAAAGUUCGGAGAAGACGUUUCUACGAUACCAACCCAGCUUCUGGACGCCCAAUAUCCUGCUAUCGAGCUUGACAUCCAUGACCUGCCAGAUUUUCUACCACAUCACGACGAUAUCCUGCAGUCGAGUACCUAUUACAUCUACGUCAAACGUAUUCAGCGCCUUUACGCACAACUGCACGAAGGUUUACCGGAGAUGAUUGCAGGGAUGACAGGUCCUGCGGUCCCGGAUGAUGAGAAAGAUGAAAAAGAAUAUGAACCUGUCUUCCCUCGUGUUCUCGCACCGCUGUUCCAGGAGAGGCCGGAUAUCGAAGCAGCCCUGACACCAUACUUUGCGCGCGCGCCUCUUAAAGGUUCCUCUCGCAAAGGUAAAGUUAAGAACAAUUUAGAGCCACAAAAUGUUCCGACUUCGUCCAAGCCUAAAUUGGGAUCCGCUGGUACUGUCCUUCAAACACAGGACCCUUCAUCCUCUGACAUCCUCGACGACAUCCCGCACUAUACCGCACUGGAAGGGGAUCAAAUCCUGGACUUCAGCACGGAGAUGGAUCAGUAUUUGAACGACCUCGGCGAUUCCCCUCCAAAGACAUAUUCUCCAGGUGCUAAGUACACUCGGUCCGCACCAAAUUCCUUCAUUGGUUUCUUGCACAAUACAACACGGCUGCCCCCUGACGCAGCGUCAGUCACGCGAGAAGAUGCAGAGGAUAGUUUCUUCGGAGUACCUCCUAGCCCGAAGCUGGUACCCGACCCUCCUUCACUACAGCUCACGGAUACGUACGCUACCAAUUCAUCACAUAGCCUGGAUGCUAGCUUCGAUCUAGCUCUCCCUGAGGAUGGCCAGUGGUCCCUAUCGCCUACCAUUGAGACAAAGAGCAUAUCCCCCGAGAGUCUUUCUCCUUCAGGCAGCGCGGGUACGAUUGAUCCCUCGCUGCUUGGUGGUAGUGAACCCCCUCCUAAACCACCAUCAAGAGGCACUCAAAACUCGAAACAGCUAUCAGCAGGCCCCAUCAUAUACGUGCGCAGACCUCCAGGGGUGUCUGCUUCGCAGGAAGCCCCAGCGCUCUCGGACAAAAUUUCUGGCAAGUCACGAAGAAACAUUCAGAUCAAAUAUCGCACCAGUGAAUCGGCCUCUGUUACUGAUGAAGCCGACGCGACUAGGUUAGCGAGACAGUUGGACGACAGGGAGGUUAAGGAUGACGGUGACGGCGGGUGGACUGCUGAAGCUGUUUCUGCUCCACCUGCACGACCUGGGACUCAGCCAAGUCUCAAGUUGCGCAUUCGCCGAUCAGGUACCCGUGCGGGUUCUGAUGGGUCGUUUGCGCCUUCGAAAACCUCGAGUUCGACAUCUCCUGCUGUAUCUGCAGCUCCACUUCCAGAAACGAAAUUGUCCAAGGCUCAUGCACCUCUUCCUCCAGCUCAAACCAUGCUACAGGACGAUGGCGAGCCUGAAGUUGUCAAGACUUCCUGUCACCAAUGCAGGAAUACGAACACCAGACCCAAGAUGCAUUGUUCCAAACGCCGUCCAGACCGGUCAAUCUGCGGGAAACGGUUUUGCAAUAAAUGCAUCUUGAACCGGUACCCCGAGAUAGUGUUCUCCGCCAAUAACAAGAAGUUUGUCUGUCCGGUCUGCCUUGAUAUCUGCAACUGCUCCGUAUGCUCGCGGAGACGCGGGGAGGAGUAUAUUUCCAUGCGUGGAGGCGGAUUUGCGGGAUCUCGCACCAAGUCGGGCAUUUUGCUUGUGCCUGAUGAUUCCCAUAUCCCGGAUAUUGCAAUGACACCUGAACCUCCCGAAAGUGCGCCACAGACAAUGUUCUGGGCUCAUGUCUAUGGUAUUGAAGGCGAACGCGUCGGACGUGCGUUUAUCGACGAUACUAGCGCCUCUGCCCCUGUCCGACCCACACAACCUGCCAAACAACGCGCCCAAAACGUGCAAUCGAAACAGAAAGCAAAAGUGAAACUGAAGAAGAAACCGAAGGUAUUCAUUGGAACGCCGUUACGCGAGUGGAAGAUCCGCACGGUUAAAGACCUCGAGCCCAGCGCUGUAAUUCCGCCUCUCGUCUCAGAGGAACACUCCAUAGGCAAAGGGAAAGGUAAAGCUGUCGAACGACCACGUGUUUAUAUCGGCGACGCGAAGUGGUUGUACGUGCCAUUUACGCGUAUGCCUGUGUCAUCGUACUCUUCUUCGCGGGCGUCGUCGCCGGACUCGGAUUUGGAGCUGGACUCGGAUGGGACGUUGACGCCGUUGGAGGAUCUGGAGGAGGGGAUGGGGUGGCCCCAGCCUGAGGUGGGGGAGUCCGUGACUGUGACGUGGGGGUCGACGCGUGCGCAAGAACGGAGUGCGUCUAGUUCGUUGUCGGCGGAUGAUUUGGUCAAGGCUAUUGGGGUUGCUUUGGCGGCGACGCGUGAGGGCACGGUGGAGUGAUAAUAACCCUGGGUUCUUUUUUUUUCAUAAUUGAUUUUGUUGUCUAUAAGUACGGUGUACGGUAGUAGGCGUUCAUAGUACUAGUACUACUACUACUUAAGUACGGUAUGCUCCACAUUGGAUUGUGGGAUUCCGUUUAAUAUUACAAGAUGAUGC